GGUUACAGUUGAUCGGUUUGUCGAUACAAAAUACACUCUGCUGCCAUGCACAGUGUAAAACAGUAAAUGGAGAAUUUUGCUUACUAGAUAUAAAAUGUCACAGUUUGGAAAACAGCUAAACUUUCGACUACCAGUAUAUAUUUUUAGGCUGCUCUGCAUGCAUUUCCUUCAAUACAGUCCAAGCUUGCUCCGCUCUCCGCCCAUGCGCAUUGGAUGCUGCCUGGGCAAUUUGUCAGUACUCGUGAGAGAAUUUGGUUCAGCAGUACCUUCAACAUGAUGGAAGAAUUAGCAAGUGGAGGUUCCCAGGAAUUUGAUGUCUAUGGUGCCAUGGACUGGAAAGAUGGAGUUGGGACUCUUCCAGGCAGUGAGCUGAAGUUCCGAGUGAAUGAGUUUGGCGUUUUGGAGGUGAUUACUGAUGAAGCUGAAGUGGAAAGUGUAAAAAAGGCUCAUGCCACAACAACAUGGGCAGUGCCCACCGCACAGGAAGCUUUUUUAGAAACUCAAGCAACACCAGUUAAAGAAGAGGAGACAACGACGGCUGAGCUGUGCUGUGAGCACUGUUUCCAGUGUGGCCCGCCACAGGAUUUUCUUGGUGGUGGAAAAUUUUGUAGUGAAAAGUGUAUGAAGCUGGUACUAGAAAUCUCUAGGGAACAGAAGCUGAAGAAAGAAGAACCAAAAUCCAAUGAGGAGGAUGUCUCAAAAUAUAUACGAAAAAGAAAAAACAAAGCGUCUGACAACAUCAAAGAACAGCAGAAAGAGAAUGGAGACGAGGCCGGAGAAGAGGAAGAUGGCCCUUAUGAAAAGCCAGACAGGAAAAUACAGAAAGGACCACAAAGGGCUCGCAGAAAAAGAAGAGGUGAUGCUGCACUGCUAAAGCAAACGAUGCCUUAUGGGGGGAAGAAGAAAUCAUGGAGCUGGGCUUCAUAUCUGGAACAGGAAAAAGCAAUUCCUGCACCUAGCAAACUAUUUAAAGAGCACCAGUCCUUUCCACAAAGCAAAACUGGAUUCAAAGUAGGAAUGAAAUUGGAAGGAGUGGACCCUGAACACCCUUCAAUGUACUGUGUUCUUACUGUUGCUGAGGUUUCAGGCCACAGAAUAAGACUCCAUUUUGAUAAUUAUUCAGAUUGCUAUGACUUUUGGAUAAAUGCAAACUCUGCAGAUAUCCAUCCAGUAGGCUGGUGUGAAAAAAGUGGACACAAACUUCACCCACCAAAAGGGGUCAAAGAAGAUGAAUUUAACUGGCAGUCAUACCUCAAGCUAUGCAAGGCUCAGGCAGCACCCAAAUCUCUGUUUGAAAACCGAAACACAACUGUUACCCCUUCAGGUUUUCGGAUAGGAAUGAAGUUCGAAGCCAUUGACAAGAAGAACCCUGGUUUUAUCUGUGUUGCCACAGUAACUGACAUGGUCGACAGUCGCUUUCUGGUGCACUUUGAUAAUUGGGAUGAGAGUUACGACUACUGGUGUGAUGCAACAAGUCCCUAUAUUCACCCCGUUGGCUGGUGUAAAGAACAUGGCAAAGUCCUCACUACUCCUCCAGAUUACCCAAAUGUUAAACAGUUUUCCUGGGAAACAUAUUUGGAAGAAACCUGUUCAUUACCUGCCCCUGCAAGAGCAUUUAAAAUGAAACCAUCUCAUGGUUUUCAGAAAAAUAUGAAGCUAGAAGCUGUUGACAAGAGGAACACUAUGCUUAUUAGAGUUGUAUCAGUCGUAGAUGCAGAUGAUCACAGAAUAAAGAUCCACUUUGAUGGCUGGUGUGAUGAGUAUGAUUACUGGGUUGAUGCAGACAGCCCUGACAUUCACCCUGCUGGCUGGUGUGCUAAAACAGGUCAUGCCCUUCAGCCACCUAUUAGUCCACAGGAUAUGUUUGAAGCCUCAGAACAAGGAGGAUGUCCUACUCCAGGAUGUAAAGGGGUUGGACACAUAAAAGGCGCCAGAUACUCAGGUCAUCACAGUGCUGUCGGUUGUCCUUAUUCUGACAUUAACAUCAACAAGGACUCUGUGCUUCCAGACCGUCUCAGUGGAGAAAUGCCUCUGUCCAGUCCAGCCAUGCCAAAGAACAAAAAAGGAGAAGUAAGCGGUGUACCAACACCCCCCUUGCUUGAAAAACACUCAAACCCAAAUAAUUGCAGGCAUCCUUUAGCUGCUAGUCGCUCUGCAGAGAGUUCUGGAACAGAAAAGAUUCCUGCAGAGGAAAUGAACAGUGAGCCACCACACAAGAAACCUCUCCUAUGUAAUAACAAGGGAAAGAAACAUAACAGAGUUGGACGUCCAAGUAAACAACAGAAAGUUGAGGAGUUGGAGGAAGAGGAAGAGCUAGAUAGUGAGGUGUCUUCAAUUACUGAAACCAAAGAAACAGAAGAGCUCACCUUGCAGCAAGCCCUGCACCAGUCAGUGUUCAUGCCUUCCACGUCUCCAUUACCCAGUCUACCUCUGUGCUGGGAGCAACACAGCAAACUCCUCCCCAGUGUUGCUGGCAUAACUGCCAGCACAGUGGCCCAAUGGACUGUAGAAGAGGUUUCAGAAUUUAUCCAAGGUUUACCAGGGUGCAAUGAGCAGGUCAAAACAUUCCGAGAGGAGCAAAUUGAUGGAGAGGCAUUUCUGCUGCUCACCCAGGUGGAUCUUGUGAAGAUAAUGUGCAUUAAACUGGGACCUGCCUUGAAAAUCUACAAUUCUAUUCUGAUGUUCAAAACUGCAGAGAACUCCUACAAUGAACUGUAAGCACUUGAGGGACAUUUUUGCACUUAAGCUCAAAUAAAGCUAUUGUUUAAAUCCAAGCACAAAUGUUCGGGUGGAGUGAAUGACCAAGAUGGGCCUGUAAAGUUACAUCUGACAGUGAUUCAAUAAUGUGCCUCAUGCCUAGUGCAGUGUUCCAUGGCUGGAAUGUCUUCAAGACGCACAGUGUCUGGGAUGGUGAAUGUCUGCUACACUAAAAUCCAUUAGUGUUUCCCCCUUUCUGCUACUGGUUAACACCCAGAAUUUCCCAUGGUGCCCUUGUGCUACACACCAAAUUUCAUUGUCCCUUGGUGGUUUGAUACCACCUCAUGUUGAACCUCUAUACUUUUAAAAAAUGUGCAUUCUGUGUUUUGUUUACAGGAACAUUCCAUACCAUAAUAAAAGAGUUACUCAUGAUUUAAGCACCCUGAAUUAACACACCUCUUCAUAACAAUUAUCUAGUUUGCUCAUAAUGAUGUUAAAUCAGUGAAAACCAAAGUUAUUUAUAAUUGAUUUCAGUACAAUUUUUCACACAGCUUUUUAAAAAGCUUCAGAAUGUGGUUUUUUUUUUUAUUCCUAUUGUUUUAUGUUUAAAGUGUAUGCUUCAGCUGUAAAUAAAGUUCGCCUGCUGUGUAAGUAUCCUUUUGCUGAGCAUGUUAGGAAAAGACUCGUGCUUAGGAGUCUGAAAGUGGUAUUUUCGCGGCUGGGAGGACACUUUGGCAAUUGGAUAAUGCAGUUUAAACAUUAUCACAUUUUGAUGGAUUUUAAAUAAAGCAGUGCCUGGGGAAUGCACUUUUAAACUCAUGGGAGUUGAGCAAUUUUGAUUUCACAGAUAGAAUCUUGCAGCAUUUAGUAACAACUUAUUUUUUUUUUUUUUUACUGUAUGGUACAAAAGCAAAAGGCUGGCAGUGGUGCAGGGAUAAAUACUCAACAUUAAUCCAAAAAGUCGGAAUAAUUCAAAAGGAUUAAGGAGAAAGCAUUCUAUAAGCCCCUUGAAUAUCAUCAGUGGCACAUAUUUGGAAUGGUGCAUGUUUUUACAUUGUGAUUAAAUAUAGCUAACGAGAUAAUAAUAACAAUACUAAUAAUAAUAAUAAUAAUAAUAAUAAUACAAUCUUGAUUAUUGAUCCCACCUGUCUUCAAGCCCUGCAAUGGCAGACAGACGCAUUUCCCUAUAUAUGGGUUAUGCUUGAGCUUUUGGGUUUGUUAACAGUGAACAACAUUGUAUAUUUUGUACAGUCGUUAUUUAUUGAAUAAUGUCACUAUCAUGCUUAGACAAACAAGGCCUCAGCAACAUGUCGAAUUUUGGCAUGCUUAUACAGAUGGUAAGUGGACAACUUUAUAUUGUUGUAUUUUUUUUUUUUUUUAAUUUUUUUUUUUGUAUUUACAGCUGUGGCAGAAUAUGUAUGUUACUUACAUAUAUGUGUACCAAGGAAACUCUGCCAUGUGUAUAAUUAAUAUAUCAUUGUCUUUCAAAUUGUAAUAUAUUUACUGUAUUUUAUGUGAGAGGGAUCACCACAGAAAUUAAGUUUGUUGUAAAGCAUAAUUCCUUUAUGAAGAAAACUUUACAUAUUGCUUUACAUUUGCAAUUCCCUGCAUUAAUUGCUUGUACAUUUGCUGAAUUGAGAAGUUUACAGUGUUAAAAAGGUGUUUAACCUCAGACUGUUGAAUCAAGAGAUUAAGCCUCUGGCAUUAUUUUAGAACAAGGGGUUUGGUAUGACUUGAAAUACAAUAUGAAAUGGUAAUAACUUGCACAGUUUAUAUACUUUUGUAUGUGUAUAGGUAUUUGCAUGGUGUUAUUACAGUAUUACAUGUGAUUUAGAAAAUUGUAUUGAAAAUGGAAUCAACAAAUAAAAUAAUAAUAAAAAAAGAUAUGACGUGCUGUUCCUUUAUGCACAUUUAAAAUAUGUAUUUUUUCAAUAGCCCAAUAAGAGCACAUUUCAAAGCAAAAUUUCCUUUGCUUAAUGUUAAAUGGAAAAUCACGCUCAAAUAUGGCUACUGUAUCAGCUUGUCUCAAGGGUCUGCCCUUAUUCAGCAUGCUUUACUGCUAAAAGGUUAAUAAACACCAGCUGUCUUCAAAGCCCCCAACCCUCCACAAACACACAUGUAUCCGCGUGUCAAGAAAAACUCAACCCCGUCUCUGACCUUUGCAAAGUGAAUGAAAUCAUUUACCAAUGCAAGCGUAAAGCAAAAUAACCAAAAUAACAUGAUCACAGGUAAAACUAGAUAAGUCAACAAAAUUGGCAUGAUCUUUGAUAAGGGCUGUGCUGAGUACUCUUAUCAUCCAAGUAUUUUUGCUUAAUACACAGGUAACUCGCAGCACACUAAUAAGUAAAAAAAAAAAAAAAAAAAAA